AUGAUUUUGCAUUUCCAGGUCGGAGAACUGUAUGUAAACAAAACAGUUCUCCUCCCUGUCAGCUUGUGCACACUGCUUUCGAUGGCUCUGCACAGCACAGCCAUGCAAAGCAGUGUGCUUACAGUGACGCACACGGACACAGCACAAUGUAAAACAGCACACAGUUAACCCCUUUGAUUGCCCCUCAUGUUAACCCCUUCCUGCCUAGUGCCAUUAGUACAGUGUCAGGGCUUUUUUUUAGCACUGAUCAUUGUAUUGGUGUCACUGGGGAUGUCAAUGACAUCAAGUCAGUUCCCCCCAGUGUCAGAAUGCCCGCCACAGUCCUUCUGUAA